UAACUCGAAUCCUCGAACAUCUUCACCACCACUACAUACUGCUGACCAUCAAAACUACUACCACUCGUCCCGUUGCACUGAUGGAUCUGCACCGCGCUUGAUCAUCGAAUUACUCCUCCAACCCAAUACUUUGUACAAUAACAACAUCCACUAUCGCUCGCUUCACCACAUGUACAUUACCCACGCGAACCGCUUAUAAUGGCCACCCUCGGCUCCCCGUCCCCACCCUCAUCACCAUCGAGAACAAUGCGCCGAAGAAGUUGGGCCCGAAAGAUCGAGCGCUGCUGCUGCCAGACCAUAACCUAUUUUCCAUUGCUAUUCGUCUACGGCUUGACAUCAUGGGCGGCAUGGGUAGAGACAGGCAUCGGCUUUACGCCCACUAAGACCGAAGUAUGGACAGGUCCCUUCUCGUCAGCGCUCGGUGCUUUCCUGUUCAUCAUGCUCAACUGGAGCUACACGACCGCCGUUUUUACCGACCCGGGUUCCCCUUUAAGUGUCAAGGACGGAUACAGCCAUCUUCCUUCCCAGGAAGGUGGAGGCUUGUCAUAUACAUCAUUCACAGUCAAGGCUUCGACUGGCGACCUCCGGUUCUGCAAGAAAUGUCAGACCAAGAAACCCGAUAGGGCCCAUCAUUGCUCGACCUGCAAACGAUGCGUACUCAAGAUGGACCACCACUGCCCAUGGCUUGCUACCUGCGUCGGGCUUCGCAACUACAAAGCAUUUAUACUCUUUCUCGGAUACUUGACACUGUUUUGUUGGGUAUGCUUCGCCACUUCGGCCUCUUGGGUCUACAUGGAAGUUAUCAGCGAGGGCCAGUAUACCGAGUCCUUCAUGCCCGUAAACUAUGUUCUGCUGGCAGUGCUCUCAGGAAUCAUUGGGAUUGUCAUCACCGGCUUCACCGGCUGGCAUCUUUGGCUCACCUACCGAGGCCAGACUACGAUUGAAAGUCUUGAGAAGACCCGAUACCUUUCCCCGAUCCGUAAUUCCAUGCGCAACCAUCUGAACGAUCGCGACUACGUUGAAGCAUCGGCGAAUGGGCGACUCAGCAUUGGUGAUCAGUUGCGCGAGAUCCAUGCGAACGCGCUCCCCGGAGUCACCAGGCCUGAGGAAGGCGAAUCUCCGUCCCGAUCGAAUUCCCGCUCGCCUGCCGCACGCGACGGCUCCACGAGCAACGGCUACUCACACCCAGCAUACAACUCAUACGAGCAACGAGAACGUCAGCAAAACGUCGAUCGCUACGAAUCCUACCUGGAAGAAAGAGACAAUGAACUGCUUCCGAAUGCUUUUGAUCUUGGCUGGAAACGCAAUUUUGGGCAUGUUUUUGGCCCGAAUCCUUUACUCUGGUUUGUACCGGUAGUAACCACUACAGGCGACGGUUGGUCUUGGGAGGCUAGCACGAAGUGGUCGAAUGCACGUGAUCGCAUAAAGAAAGAAAGAGAAGCCGAAGACAGGAUCCAGAAACAGCGGGAGCGUGCUGCAGGUUGGGGUGUUGAUUCGCCCACAGAGGCUGAAUUCAGGCGAUCUGGACGUUCGCCCGUUGGAUGGCAGGUGAAUCGAUAUGCGCGCCAGCCUCAUUGGAAGACGACUCGACGAAAUGGCGAAGGGGCCCGCUAUCUGACAACCUCGAGCGGAGUAAUCCAUGCGCCAUUGGAAGGCCGCCGGAGUCCAAGCAAGGCAGACCAAAUCCUGGGCCGCGAGCAGGGAAUGUAUGCGGAUGGCGAUUUGCAACUCCAGCCUAUGGAUCGGCAUAGGUUCGACCAGUACAACUACGUUUCCGAAGACGACGAUGAUGACUACGAAGUUUCCUCCGAUGAGGAACAGGCCGAACUGCGGAAAGCACAAGUUUCGAAGCCUGCACCUCCAAAAGUGACGACCAAGGAUUGGAACGACAUCCCGGACGAUUUCUUAAAGCCGCCGCCGAAAGGCAAGCCGAAGGAAAGAGGCGAAAGCAGCCAGGAAAGAAAGCAGAAACGAGCCCAGGAAUGGGAUGAUUGGGACAAAGACAGCUAGUCGAGCUGCUACCCUUGGUUGUGGACCUCAAUCUCAAUGUUUUGAUGUAAAGAGCAUGGCGUGAACUGAAUUUUGGUUACUUUAUUUUCUUUUGCAUGACAGACAAAAAGGCAUAUGACGGCGUUAUGCGUCCAUUGACACGAGUUUGGAUAAAAGAGAGACGUAAUUGGCGUAAUUCUGGCA